AUGGCAAGUCAUGGAGUCAGCCGGGGAAGCGUGCCAGAAAAGAGCGCACGCGAUCGAGACAAGGAGAAGAAGCACAUUGUGCAGUACAAGGCACUGGAGCGCGACGUCUUUGAACGGAUAUCCGCCCACGACUUCUCCCACGCCACUCUCCAACUCACCUCGCAACUCCUGCACCAGAACCCGGAGUACUAUACCAUCUGGAACCACCGCCGCGUCAUUCUCGAGUCGGUCUUUGCCGCCGAGCUGGAUUCCGGCAAACAACAACAACAACAACAACAACGACAACAACAAGAACAUGGCGUGCACAUACCUCCGGUCGAGGACGGCGAUGCCGCCGCCGCUGCAGCAGCCAAUCUGACUGUCCCGCAACGCGAGAUCCUGCUGCUCAUCAAAGAAGACCUAUCCUUCCAGAUCCCUCUCCUCAAGCAGUGGCCCAAAUGCUACUGGAUCUGGAACCACCGGCAGUGGCUACUCAUGACAGCCACGCAGCACAUUCCCGCCCACGCCACCAUCGACCUCUGGAAAGCCGAAUUAGGACUAGUGGGUAAAAUGCUAUCUCUCGACAGUCGCAACUUCCACGGCUGGAAUUACCGCAGAGUCGUAGUCGAAAACAUCGAACGCCUCUCCCACUCCUCCAUGUGCGAAGCCGAAUUCGCCUACACGACCCAAAUGAUCAACAGCAAUCUCUCCAACUUCAGCGCCUGGCACAACCGAGGCCAACUCCUCCCGCGAUUACUCCACGAACGAGCCGCCGACGACUCUGCUCGCAAACAGGCCUAUGACGAAGAAUUCGCCCUCACCACCAAAGCUUUAUAUACGGACCCCUACGACCAAAGUCUCUGGUGUUAUCAUCAAUAUCUCAUGUCUGCCCUCGAAGAACACAACCCUCACGCGCCCAUUAUCUUACAACGUCUUCACACAUUCGACAGAAUCCAAUACCUUGCACGGGAAAUUUCGAAUAUCAGGGAUAUGCUCGACGGCGCCGAAGAUUGCAAAUACAUCUAUCAGGCUUUGCUGGAAUACUCUCGGAGGUUUCGCGAACUGGCUGAGAGGGAUCGUGGUGGUGGUGGUGGUGGUGGUGAUGAUGAAAAAGUGUCUACUACUACUAACACUACUACUGUUGCAUCUGCCGAGGACUUGACGGGUUGGUUAGCCGAGUUGCAGAAAAUUGAUCCGUUGAGGCAAGGUAGAUGGCGGGAUCUGGAGCGGAAGUUGAAGAGCAGUAGUAGUAUGAUGAUGACUAUGACUCAGUAGGGGUUUUGCUGUGGAAGAAAUACACCUAGUCUCAUAUAAUAUAAACGAAAAGAUCUUCACG